AUGCAUCCUUACACCUUGUAUCCAAUUUCGCAGCUCCCUGCUCUUCUGAAGGAUUUGAAAGUUGAACUCUUAAACCACCUUUUUGAGCCUUGCGAGACCUUAUCAGCAUUCAUCCUUCAAAAUGUUUUAAGGGACAAUCCAAAGUUCUCCUCUUACGAUGAUUUAAUUGAAGCUAUUCGCACCAAGCUUCUUACAUUUCUUGAGAAUUCUGAAAAAGAAGCUGUUAAGAAUGGAAAGCCAUUAAACCCUGAUAUUUCAAAAAUCAUUGCGGCCCAUCCUAGGUUGGGCCCGUCAAAAGAAUCAAAAACAACAAACUUAUCAGAGCAUUCAUCAGCAGAGCAAAGAUCGUUAAACUCGGGUUCAAAGGAGGACGCCGAGAAGCUUUUGAUUUUGAAUGAAAAAUAUGAGGCUACUUUUCCAGGUUUACGUUAUGUUGUCUUUGUUAAUGGCAGAACUAGGGCCAGCAUUAUGGAGAAUAUGGAAGAACGUAUAGCAAGAAAUGAUCUCCACAAGGAAAGAGAAGAAGCAUUCAAUGCCAUGUGUGAUAUAGCACAUGACAGGUCCAGAAAGCUAAGCCCAAGGUUAUGA